AUGACUUGGACGGGGCCCUGGAGGAUUGUCGCUGCAGUAAGACCGCAUGUGUGCGGAGUCCAGAACAUUGUGUGGGGUGAAGAUCGAGAUGUCCACGUCGCGCGCUUGCGGUUCUACGCCGAUGCCUCUCUCGAGAUCACGGCGGGGUCGAAGGAUGUUUUUAAGCAUGCUUUCACGCAGGAGGAGUUCGAGAUGGCGGCGAUCGUUUAAGUUGAGCAAGGGUCGUCUUGUCUGCGUAUUGAUGGCAUUCCUUCGCUGACUUCUUUCGCAUUUGUGCUUUAAUUGUUUUGGUCGAGUGAAGGCUAUCUUGUCGAGUAUUGAUAGCAUUUCUUCGCUGGCUGCAUAUGUGUACUCUCUCAACAUGUCGCGCAUUGAUUUGGUUAUGGCAUGUUUGAAUUUGCAUGUCGUAGGUAAACCACUGCUGACGACGCUGGGGAUGUCUUGACUAGUGCGAUGGUUGUAUUCGAUUGAUUGCAUUGCGUGGAGCCCACCUCUUGAAAUUGUGUUGAUGGCCUUUUUUCACGAGCUGCGUACGCUUGGAAUUCUGUGAUGUCGGCUUGUUUGGCGAUCAUGCCGUUCGUUGCACCGAGUAUGUUUGUGUUUCGAGGUUUUCAACUCAACCCUGGAAGCGGCUUGUAACGGUGUUCAACGUUGCUUCGCGGUUUGCAGCUUUUUUUUCCUCAUUCUCUGCGUAUGUCAAAUCUUUUCAUUGCACGCUUUUUGCGGUGUGUUCGUCGUCGAUCCACCGCGUAGGUCUACUAUUUGCGGGCGAGUCUCGUGUGGUCGUCCAUCACUUGCGUGUUGUUGUCAUUGUUGCUUUGCGUGCCUUUCGCAGCUGAUUGGGGGCGUUCUAUGUUUUGCAUGAGAGGUUGAGCACUUGCGCUGACUGAUGAAGUGAUAUGACAUUCGUCUGGCAUGCU